AUCUGCUUUGUCCCUAAUCAUUGUGACCCUUCGGGAUGCCAGUAGAGAUCUUAUGCUAAAAGAGAUGAAUGGUAUUAUUGCUGAUUUAUUAUGUUUGCUUUGGAUCGAUGAACCGAUCGUAAUGUCCACACUAAGACAUUUACUGCAUAGCGUAAGACGAUAGAUCUCGGGGACGAACGCCAUAGACACUACGGAACUACGGACUUAGCAGACGUAUACUAUAUGCAUUACUACCUACCUGUGAAUAGCUUCUCAUCCUCUCACUAACAUCGUUUCUAUUCUCAGCUCAUUUUCGCGCUCCAGCAAAGGCGCAAUUAACUAUGGGGGCCAUAGAAGAUAUUGCAGACAACUAUUCCCAAGGCCAAAUGAUUGGCGUUGGGGUAGCUUUCAUGAUAUUACCCAUUGUUGCCGUCGCCCUGCGGUUGUGGGCCAAGUUCCUCGGCCAAAAAGGUAUCCAAUUAGACGAUUAUUUAGUUGUCACUGCAAUGGCUGUUGCUAUUGGUUGUGCUUCGGUGCAGCUUGUAGCCGCUGUUGAUGGCCAGCUCGGCCAACAUCAAUCAACUACUCCCGACGGACAGCCGAUUCUUGACGACCCUCGAUUUGCUACUUAUGAGAAAUGCAAAUUUGCGGUGAACAUCCUCUCUACUGUCGGCCUCGGAUUUGUGAAAUCAUCCAUCCUAGUCUUCUACAUGAACAUCUUCUUUGGCAAGCAGUUCGAGAUCGCCUCAAAAAUAGUGCUAGGCCUCGUUAUCGGCUGGGCGGUCUCAUUCUUUUUCGCUAACCUCUUCACCUGCUAUCCGAUAACUCCGUUCAUCGAGGCCUUUUAUCACAAUCACUGCGUGGACGGGCUUGCGCUGUGGUACGCCAUGGCCAUUUCGGAUAUCAUCACAGAUGUGAUUAUUCUCAUCAUGCCGAUACCCAUGGUUCUCAAGUUAAAUUUGCCGUGGGCUCAGAAGUUAGGUGUGUUGGCCAUGUUCUUGUUAGGUGCCACAGUAUGUGCAUUCAGCCUCACCCGUGUGCUCAUAUAUGUUCAUGUGGGUGAGAGCCUGGAACUUCAUUAUAAUGACGAGACUUACUACACCUCGCCGGUCUUCUUCUGGGCUGUCAUUGAGCUAUCUACCGCAGUACUUAGCGCCUGUCUUCCAACUUACCGGCCAAUCUGGCUCCUGCUUCGCGGCCGGCCGAUUAAGUAGAGUAACUAGAGCUCUUACUAUGCACGUAAUCAUGGUCCGAGGUACAACAUGAGCGAAGCGCGAGGCUAGCUCGGCCAAGACCUGACCAGCACCGCAGCCGACAUCGUGCGCGAUUUCCCAUCGAGAUG